AUGUCUUGGUCAAGCUGGCUGCUUGCCGUCUCGGCAGCGCGUUCGGCGGCGCCCGGCGGCGGCGGUGAGACCCAGCCCGGUGCACGCAGCAUCCCGACUCGUGCUGCUCUCGGCGGUGCUCAGCGGCCACGGCAGGUUGUCGUCUUGGGCAUGCAUCACAGCGGCACGUCGAUCGUGAGCAAGCUGCUGCGGGACGCGGGUCUCUACCUGGGUGGGGACUCUGAGCUGGCCUGGUCAAAGUCGAACCCACUCAAGUACUUUGAGCGACUCGACGUCAACAAGCUCAACCGACUCGUUCUGGAGGAGUCGGCCGCAGCACGCAGCCACCGCCACAGCAGAGCCCCGGACUGGGUGCACCAUGGGACCGACCCGCAGGCGAUUCUGGCGACACUGCCGAAAACGGCCCAUGAUGAGAUUGCCCGCGUCGUCUCCCUGCUGGACGGGCCCACCGGAAUGCGGCCGUGGGCCAUGAAGGCGAGCCGCCGGGCAGUCUACGAAUCGUCUGCCACGAGGGCGUGCGCCGGUGUGCCAACAGUGCGCGUCGCUCACGAGGAGCUCAUGCACCGGCCCUGGCCGACGCUGAGGCGAAUGCUCGAGGACUUGAGCAAGGCCGGGGUGCCGAUCUCAAGAAACACCACAAGAAUUCACCGCAGAGCAGAGGAGUGGCUGCCCGCUGGCUCCAAAUCCGAAAAGGAAGAGGGGCUAAUCACUUCGAUGCUAAACGCCGCCAUCGCCAAGCAGCCGGCCAUCCCGGGCGAGGUGGCCGGCAGAAACAGCGGCGCAAUCACGCAACAUGGCCAGUUGGACUGGCCGGUGCUGCCGCGCACGAAGGGGAGAGAGGCGUACGCCACGAUAGUCACCUACCCCAGCACGGAGUACGUGUACGCUGCUGCCGUGCUGAGCCACUCGCUGCAGAUGUUCGACUCCUCUCGCGAGUUCGUGGCGUUGGUCACGGAGAAGAUCCCAAACGAGACGAGGGAGAAGCUGAAAAAGUCCGGCUACAAAGUUCGCCCCGUGCCAUUGAUCCCUGACACGUGGUACGGGGGCAACUACUCGCAAUGUCAGUCGGAGAAGAAGAAGGAGUCGGCGGACUACGAAGACCGGAAGACUCGGUGGGGCCUGAUGAUGAGCAAGCUUCACCUCUGGAACAUGCUCGAGUACGACAAGGUGGUGUACUUUGACGUUGAUGCCAUCGUAACAGGCCCGGUCAACGUACUCUUUGGGAUGCUGCCAUCGGCGCGUGCCGCCGUUGACUCCAGACAGGUGAUCCUGGUCGGCCGGAAAGGCCACUCGCAAACAGGCUUCAAUGCGGGCGUCAUGGCUCUUGUACCGUCCCGGAAGCUGUUCUCAGCCAUGGUCGAGCGAACUCAGCAGCCACCCCCCGAACGGAGGGCAGGCGACGUCCAGUUCGCGCCGGCCUUGUGCACGGAGCAAGCGCUGCUCAACGACAUGAUCCCGCCCGCGAGGGUGCGACUCCUCGGGGCGGACAUGCUCGCCCACCCGCACGUGAGGGACUGGCAGGAAAUGCAGUGGAAGCGCCGUCCGUAUGAGAAAGGCUCGGGCUGGCCGCUGCUCUUCCACUGGGUCGGGUGCAGAAAGCCGUGGCAGGUGGGUAAGACGGACAUCGAGUCUGACCUCGCUGCGGACGGCACGCUCAAGAAGUACCACACGUGCGACGGCGUGCCCAAUGUCCUUUGGUGGCGAUGGGCACGGCGGGUAAUCCCUCCAGACCAGCUACGGUGGCUACACCCGCCGGCGUCCCGGUCAAAAAGGGGAGAGUGCGGACAAGUCGGCGGCAUCACGGCGAGCGACGGAUCGGCGUGCUGCCCAAAGGCAUGCGGCGUCUGCGGCGGAGAGGGUUGCGGAGACAAGCCCGGCGGCGCCAAAGCUUGCUGCCUCGGGUCAAUAAGCAAGCCUUGCUUUGGCAGCAAAGCUGUUGAUCCGCCGUGCCUUCUCCGUCCAUCGUCUGCGACGAAGGACCUUCUCCACAAAGCAGAGGUGCUUGUCGCUGAUGCCCUCAUUCGAGAUCGUGAGACGUGA